GAUCGUUGGCAAAGUUGUGAAGGUGGCGGGAAAGCGGCCGGGAACCGGUAACCCUUGGCAACGGAGAGCGAUUGAGCCGGAGCUGCGGGCCCAGCGCUGCCUGUCCUGAGCCCGGGCGUUGAGAGCGGUCCCCGGAGAGCCAUGCAGGAGCGCUGAGCCGCCGCCUUUGCCGCUGGGAUUGUUGGCCGCGGGUACCAUGAGGUGAAAGCAGGUGCAGGAUCCCCAGCGCACGAUGGCCGAGGAACUGUUCUGUCAGAGCGCUGCCGUCCUCGUCAAGUGUAAGGACUGUGAGGACAGGAGGGAAAAUGUUCGACUGAGAGUAGGAUGGCAAAUCAGUUCUAAUGCAGUUCACAAGAAGGAUUUAACUGUUCGUUUGACUGAUGACGUAGAUCCCUUCUUCUUGUAUAAUCUUACAAUUAGUGAAGAUGAUUUUCAAAGUUUAAAGAAUCAGCAAGGACUGCUUGUAGAAUUUUCUGCUUUUCCCCAGCGGUUCAUUGAGCUUUUGGACCAAUGCAUCCAGGAACAAAGCAAAGAUGUUCCACGGUUUACGCUUCACUUAGUAACUCAGUCUCCAGCACUGGAUCACAUGCCUGCGAGCUUAAAUAUAAUAGAAACUAAUCCAUUCAAACAUCUCACGCAUCUCUCCUUAAAGCUGCUUCCAGGAAAUGACAAUGAGAUCAAGAAAUAUUUAGCAGUCUGCCUUCAGAAUGUGAAGGCAGAAAAUAGUUCAUUACAAGAAAGGUUACGUAGAACAGAGGAGGAAUUGAUGAAAAGAUUAAGCAUUACCCAACAGACCUUAGCAGAAAAGAGUAAGGAACUGGACAGAUUACGUAAUGAAUGGACAACACAUACUAACUUGAUAACAAACAAACACAGUCAAGAAGUUACUUCGGAACGGGAAAAAGCUUUACAGGCUCAAACACACUACCAGCAGCAAUGGGAGCAGCAAAAAAAAGAAACAGAGGCAGCACAUAGUCAAACAGUACAGCAUCUUGAAAGGAGGAUAGCUGAAAUAGAAGCUAUCAACAAGGAUCUUACCGAAAGGAAAUACAAAUCAGAAUCUGCAAUACGAGAGACGAAAGCCAAAAUAUGCGUCAUGGAAGAGGAGUGUCAAAGAUCAAAACAGGAAGUCAUUUCACUGAGGCGAGAAAAUGCCACACUGGAUGCAGAGUGCCAUGAAAAGGAGAAAUUACUUAAUCAGCUGCGAACAAGGACUGCAGUCCUGGAACAGGAAGUUAAGGAUAAAGAGCAAGUGGUUACGAGGACAACAGAAGUCUUUGAAAGUUUGCAGGAGCACAAGAAAAAUCUAGAAGAGAGCCUGGAGCAAAAGCAACAGCAAAUGGGAAAACUAGAAGCUACUGUGAAGUCUCUUUCAGAAGAAUUAUUAAAGGCCAAUGAGAUCAUCAAAAAGCUGCAGGGAGACAUUAAGAAGCUGAUGGAAAAAAUUAAACUGAAGAAUACAGUUACAAUGCAACAAGAAAAACUUUUAGGAGAAAAGGCACAAAUGCUCCAGAAGGAGCAACGAGAACUAGCAGAUGUUCAGCAGGCCCUGAGACACAAGGAAGAGGAGGUUUGCAAGUUACAGGAGAAGUUUGAUGCCACAGUCGAAAAGCUAGAAGAAAGUAAACAGCUUCUAAAGACAAAUGAAAACGUAAUAUCUUGGCUGAAUAAACAACUGAAUGAAAAUAAAUUAGCCUCUCUGCAAGAAACUCCAGGGUCCUUUGAUCCAUCGUCAAUAUCUAGUGGCAAUCUAUCCAGGCCUGGGGGUGUGCAAAACAGUUUGCAAACUUUGCACCCUCCUUUCUCUGUCUUGACGCCACAGACUGUCUCCUCUGUUUCGCCUUCAGAUAAUUACUCUAAGAGCUUUGGUUCUUCUGUACGAAUGAAUACUCCACCCCUGAGGCCUGGUGUAUCAAGACAUGGUCUUCAGGUGCACUUCAGUCCUCUGCAGCUAAAUCCUAGUAUCAUUCCUGGAUGUGAACUCACAUCAGCCCCUCCAUCUUCAACACCUACAGCAGGAGGGCUCUCUUCCAAAAGUGAACCAAUUGGUUUGGACCAGAAGUACUUACAAAAGAGGGAAGGUGGUAAACCAGUUUUAUCUCAAGGAGCACCAUUGCAGAAGCCAUUAUAUCCAUCUGGCACAGUGCCAACUCGACCCCUUGUGCCAAAGCAAGGAAAUCCACCACCAGUGACAUCUGCCUACUUUCCAGGACAACAGCCUAGACUCCCUGCAUCAUGAAAAGAGCUGCAAUUACCUCUCAGUCUACGCAAGGCUUGAAAGGAGACAGAUCAUGAGAAUGGAACAGCCGCCUGAACAUAUCACUGCAGGUGUUCACACCUGUUAAAAAAUGAUUGGACCGGGCAGUGAUAAUUAGCAUAAACCCAGGUGCUCAUUCAAACUGCCAGAAUACACUUGCCACUCUCAAAAUAUUAACUUUACUUAAUUUGUUUUUGAGUGAGUGGGGGUUUUUCUUCUGCACAGGAGGCAGCUGAAUACCAAAGCGUAUGUUGCAGACUCAGGACUGAAGAUUUUGAGCCUUAUUUCAUUAGUUCUGCAGUUUGCAGAACUAAUAAUUUUGAACAAUCAAGAAUUUAAAUAAAAUCUUGUGCUUUGUAACAGUGAAGUAUAUUAGCUGCUUUCCGUGUGUAGAAACAGGGGAUGCCUUCUGUGUUUCCUCCUCCCUCAACACAAUCACGUUUGAAUAUGUCCUAACUUUGUGGGUUCAGAUCCUCAGCAAUUUUUCUUUCUGGUUUUCCAAUUUGUCCAUUAUGUUACCAAUAUAUUUGGCACAGCUGGUCUUUGUUAUUUUGCCCAAACUGUACAAUCUUUUUCUUACUGGAAUUGCGUAUUUGGUUCCUAUGCAUGCUUAACGGAAGAAAAUUCAGAUACCUUAACUAGUUGGAAGUGCCAUUGGGCAUCAUAAUGGAAACUUUCAGAAAUUCAGUGUAUACAGUCAGUAUUACAACAUAGGAAUGGGUUGGCCCUUCCCUACAUUGCAGGGAGUACAGAACUGUUAAAGUUUAGCACUGGUGGAGUCUUUGUCAAGAUGCAAAGUUCAGUCUUGAUAGUAGGACAGUAGUUAUAUACAUUUUGUAUCUGAAAAAUAAUUGACAGUUGCAUGCUAAUAAAAUUUAGAUGCAGUUUGUCGAUUGAAAGUAAUCCCUAAAUAGCAUGCCAUGAGCUAAGCCCUAUCAAAUUGUCUGAAAGUUUGAACUACUGCAACUUGUGUAGUUCUGAAUGAAAUCAAUUUAAUAAGGUGGCCAAUAUAAUUGCAUCAGGGAUUUUAAAGUGCAUCAAAUGUACAGAAUUGGCUCUAUUUUCCCUAUUGUGCUGUAACUAGUAAUUUAUGACAACUGUUGUACUGAAUGUAUCAGUGUACAAAUUGUAAAAUUGUAUUUAAAAUGAUCAUUUCAUACAUAUUUUGAAUGAAUAAAAUAUACGUACUUUUGC